GUGAUUCUGCUUGUUAGCAGCUGUUCAUCAUUAAUGGUCAAUCGUUACAUAAAAAAACUGUAUAUAAAGCUGUAAAUAAAUGUGUAGUAUGUUUGAGUUUUAAGCCUAUUGUAACCAGUCUUAAAUUUCCUCUGCUAGCUAACCUUAUUUUUACUAGUAACUGAUUUGUGCUCUGUAUUGUAAGUCAGUUUGUGAAGAAAGUGUGAGCUAACAACAUACCAGAAAAUAUUAAAGUAAUUGUGUAAAUAAUUGUAUAAUAUACUACAAGUUUCAUAUUGUAUGUAGUGUUGGAACUAAUGGAUCGGCAGGAAUAUGUAUGACAAUAAUGAUGUAAAUAGAUGGAUAAUUUAUCUAAAUCUACUUGUAUGCAUAGAUGUAUAGUUAUUUUGACUUAAGAGAAAAAACAGCCUUUAGAGAGCCUGUUAAAACUGUUUUCAGUGUUUGUGGUCAAAGCAAUUAGCAUGAGACCAGUUCCAUAUAUAACAAACCAAACCAAAUCAAGACUUAACAAAACACUGCAGGAGACAUGCCUAGGGAGAACAUGGUAAGAUUUCAUGGACUUACACUUAUAUUUCCUCCACUUAUAUUCAACGGACCUAUAACUGAAUAAAAGCAAUGCAUGCUAAUGUCAGAUGAUUUUAUACUACUGUUAUUAUUAUUAUUAUUAUUAUUACAUCUACAUGAUUCCUAAUUAAAGACCAUGACCAUUCAAGUUAACACAUCCUUCUAUUUCUAAUUAGCUUUCCAAUAACUUAAUAACAACAACAAAAUCUACAUAAUAGUUGAAUAUCAUUCCAGAUGCAGCCACAGCUGGAGAAUGAGUCCAGUGUCCUAGAAUUUACUCUCUCUGGUCUCAGUGAAACAAUGGAAAACAGAUAUGUGUUUUUUUCUUUAACUGCACUGUUUUAUCCCUUGAUGGUCUUUUGUAAUGUAACAGUUAUUUUCACUAUAAUCUCACAUAAGAAACUUCACGAGCCAAUGUAUCUGUUUAUCUGUAAUUUAUGUGUAAAUGGACUUUUUGGGACGGCUGGAUUCUAUCCUAAAUUCAUGUAUGAUUUAUUAUCAUAUGAUCAUGUGAUUUCUUAUGUUGGAUGUAUGAUUCAGAUAUUUGUCAUUUAUUCAUCUGCUUUAUGUGACUUUUCAACAUUAACAGUAAUGGCAUACGACAGGUAUGUGGCAAUAUGCAGACCACUGGAGUAUCAUUCAGUAAUGACUAGUCAGAGACUUCUUCAAUGUAUCCUUUUCUGCUGGCUGACUCCAUUUUUGUGCAUGUCUGUUCUAAUUAUAUUAAUUGCUAGACUCACUUUAUGUGGCUCUACUGUUGAAAAGUUAUACUGUGAGAUUUGGGCAGUUGCAAAACUUUCAUGUUUUUCUACAACAUUAAAUAAUGUGUUUGGGUACAUUGUUAUUCUUGCAUACUUUGGACAUGCAGUAUUGAUAUUUUGCUCAUACCUUCACUUGGUUAAAAAGUGCAGGAAGUCAAUAGAGGGCAGAAACAAAUUCAUACAAACAUGUGUACCACAUUUGCUCUCACUGAUCAAUGUGACUACUGCAUCAUUAUUUGAUGUACUUUACAGUCGUUAUGGCUCAAAGAAUUUGCCACAAGGUGUGCGUAAUUUUAUGGCCUUGAAAUUCUUACUCAUGCCACCAAUUUUAAAUCCCCUUAUUUACGGUCUAAAUUUGAAAACAGUACGGCAGCAAAUUAUUAGACUGUUUUUCAAAAAACAAGUGGGAAUCUCUGAAUGAAGAUAUUAUCAAGUCAAAAUGUUUUAUUCUUUUUUUAUUCCAGAAUGAUUGUGACUAUUUUUUAAGUAGAUUUAUUUCAUGGGCUUUGUUUAUGGACAAUAAGUCUUUUGAUUUUACCAUGAUUAAUGGCUGUUCUUAGGUAUGAAAUGAAGUAGAAGAUCUAUGAAAAAGAACACAAGGGUGUUGGGAACAAGGAAAAAAAAGUUGUUAAUUUUGGUUUAAAUUUUCUUGCAUUCAGGUGCACUCAAUGUUAAUAUCAAAGAAAACAGCUCUGAUUUAAUUUAUAUUUGCUAUUCAUAAAAAAAAAAAAAAAAAGAAAAAAAUGUGUUUGAGUUGUAAUAGAAAUGUGUGUAUAAAAACGAACUGCCAUCCUUGGAAAAAAAUAUUUCAGUACUACAAUAGCAUCAUGCUCAGUUCAUGUGCUUUGUUUUGCAUACAGUCAUUUUCCUACUCACUAACAUACUGUCAAGUUAUCGAACAUUGGCUAUGAAUACAACAAUAUAAUCAUAUAUUCCUGAGACAAGGACACAACAGGAGUGGCAAAGAGACCAGUACAAGGGUCAUGUUCCUAAAGCAAUGCACCAAGACCCUGUUACUAGUUCUGAAGUGACGUUUCGAAUAACUAAUUACUGCUUGUGGGCAAGAUACUUAUACAGUGCCAUAAGAAAGUAGUUCUAUAUACAAAAGAAAUUCAUUAUUAAAAAAAACACCUGACUAGCGAGGACAUUUUAUGUGGCCAUUUCAUGUUUCUAUUUAAAUCUAGUGUUUUGCACAUAUGUUUUAGAUGUUUAGAGUCCUGGGGUUUGGUUAAGUGACAGAACAGGGAUCUCCAAUCCUGCUCCUGAAGAGCUACCAUCCUGCAUACUUCAGUUCCAACUCUGCUCCAACACACCUGCCUGUAAUUGUCAAGUAACCCUGAACACCUUGAUUAUCUGGUUCAGGUGUGCUUGAUUGGCGUUGGAGUUGAAAUCUUCAGGAUGGUAGCUCUCCAGGAGCAGGGUUGGAGACACCUGCAUUAGAAAAUUAUAUUAACCUGAUAUAAUAACAAUGGCAGUCAAUGAGAUGUCAUCACUAACAUAGUGAAGCAUACAUGAGUAUUUGUGUCACAAAGGUGUUGAUUGUAGGCCUAUCCAUGGUCUUAUUUGGCCAAUUUUUGUAAGUCCAGUAGAAGGACAUUGGAAACAAUGUGUAACAACUUCAGCCAUGAUUUUUUUUCUUACAUCAAAUUUUGAGCAAAGUUCUAUUAGCAAUAUACUUUUGCAUUAUAUAUAAUAUUCCAUUUGCCAUACUGUAGUGUGCUCUUUGUGUGUGCUGUCUAACAAUGGUUAGUAAACAAUAAAUGAUUCAUUCAGUAAUAAAGAACUUGUCAUGAUCAUUCUGUUGCAAAAAGAAAAAGGAAACCCUGCUAUACUUAGGAACCAAAAGCUUGUGCCUGUAUUGGGGGCCUGGUGCUAAUGCCUGCCAUUGGGAUGUGGCAGAUAUGCGUGCUGCUGGAAUAAAAAUAAAAAUCAUGCCAUGGUUGCGACACUGAUGGACAAGCAGAAAUAUAAUAGAGAAUAUUGCAAAGUUUUUGUGACAAAGUCCUUGCUGCCGGUAUCUAUAUGCAUUGUUGAUAUAUAACAUGUCCAUGGACAUUUUUAUCUUAGAUGCUGGAAGGUUUUUUUGUUUGUUUGUUUGUUUGU